AUGAUCACUAGAAUCCCUAGUGAGCUUUCGAAACGCGUGCAAAAGGCACAAACUGCAUGGGACGACGAGAUCGAGACGUUGAAGGCGUCUGUGCUUAACCUAGAGGCAUUCUACAACGUACAGAAGCGGAAGGAGUCGACUGCAGCGUUUAACAGUCACCCCAGCAUGAUGGUGGACCCAGAGCAGCAGAAACUCUUGGAACGUGUCAAAAGCUUGCAGAAGGAAGUCAACAGCCUUCGCGAAGAGCACGAUUCUCAUCUCACACGCCUUGACGCGGACUUGCUGGGUCUGUACGACUGGACUCGUGAUAAGGUGGCUUCUAUUCGCAGCCACUAG